GCAGAGUGAGGUAUCCAUACUCGAUAUUUCUCUCUCUUUUGUUAUGAAAAUAUGAAGCUCUUAAUUUAUCUUUAAACAAGCCAAUUUUCAACUCCUCGUUUUUAAUUUAUCAAAGCUUAGCUUAAAGCUUGAAUCUUUAAUUAUUUUCUUUCCUCUUUUCCUAUAAAGCCCAAUAGCCUGGAAUUCAGUUCACCGACACCCAAAUCUCACUAGUCUUAUUGCCAUGGCUUCUACCCUGCAGCUGCAAGCACCAUCCCACAUAGCCAUGGUGCCAACUCCGGGGAUGGGUCAUCUAAUUCCGAUGAUUGAGUUAGCCAAAAGACUCGUUCACCAACACAAUUUCUUAGUCACCUUCCUUGUGCCUAACGAUGGCUCGCCCAUGAAACCCCAAAGGCAACUUCUUCAAGCCUUACCCAAUACCAUAUCCUCCAUCUUUCUUUCUCCGGUUAGCUUUGAUGACCUCCCUCAGGAUGUUAAAAUGGAGACUCGGAUCGUACUUAGCUUGUCUCGCUCUCUUUCUGCACUCCGUGAAUCUUUUAAGGCUUUAACCGAGGCAUCUCCGGUUGUAGCUCUAGUUGUUGAUCUUUUCGGCACAGAUGCCAUCGAAAUCGCUAGAGAGUUCGAUGUUUUGCUCUAUAUUUUCUUUCCUACAACUGCCCUGGGAUUGUCUUUGGUUUUCCAUUUGCCUAAGCUUGAUGAAACAUACUCCGGUGAGUAUAGAGAUUUGCCUGAACCGUUAAAAUUUCCUGGGUGUGUGCCGGUUCACGGAAGAGAUCUCAUUGAGCCGGUUCAAAACAGAAAAGAUGAUGCUUACAGAUGGGUUCUUCACAUUUGCAAGCAAUACCCAUUGGCUGCUGGGAUCCUUGUUAAUAGUUUUAUAGAUCUGGAAGCAGGUGCUUUUAAGGCUUUAAUGGAGGAUAAAACCGGUACGCCCCCCAUAUACCCGGUUGGACCACUCACACGAACCGAUUCAACCAGUGAGGUUGCUGGUGAAUUUGAGUGCUUGAGGUGGUUGGAUAAGCAACCAAAUGGGUCAGUGCUCUUUGUCUCCUUUGGAAGUGGCGGGACCCUUUCUCAUGAUCAGUUGAUCGAAUUAGCCCUGGGUUUAGAGAUGAGUGGUCAGAGAUUUCUCUGGGUUGUUAAGAGCCCAGACGAUACAUCUGCAAAUGCAACUUACUUUGGUGUAGAAAAAGCUACUGAUCCUUUUGAUUUUUUACCAAAGGGAUUCUUGGAUAGGACCAAGGGGUUGGGUAUGGUGGUGCCCAAUUGGGCUCCUCAGAUGCAAGUCUUGAGCCACUGGUCAACAGGAGCGUUCUUGAGCCAUUGUGGGUGGAACUCUAGUUUGGAAAGCAUUGUAAAUGGAGUGCCCUUAAUUACGUGGCCACUUUAUGCAGAGCAAAAAAUGAAUUGUGUGUUACUAGUUGAGGAUUUGAAGGUAGCAUUGAGGGUGAAAGUGAAUGACAAUGGGCUCGUAGGUAGAGAAGAUAUUGCAAAUUAUGCAAGGACCAUUCUUCAAGAGGAGGAAGGGAAAUUACUUGGGAAAAGGAUGAAAGAACUUAAAAAUGCUGCUGUAAAGGUUUUAAGCCAGGAUGGAUCUUCUACAAAGUCACUAGCCUAUGUAGCCAACAUAUGGAAGAACCAAAGAAAGUAGCAUGUAUGUAUAAAUUGUUCUGCAUUUCUUUGCUUUAGUAAUUGGUUGUGUUCAUGUAACUAGCUUAGGGUUCUUUAGGCUUCUUUUCAAGUAGCAAGUAGUUUGUACUUUGUAAAGCCUGAUGCUUUGAGUCUUGGCUACCGUUAGUUCUCGAUUUCGAAUUUAAUCAAGUUAAAUAAAAUAAAACUAGCUGGGCAUUAAUCG